GCAAUAAUAAUAAACUCGUGUAGAAAAUCGUACGAAACUGAAUUAACCAGUGAAACGUCCAAGGGGCUUGAACGCGUGUAAAGCGCCUCCGUUCACUGCGUCUCUCUUCGCUCCCUAUGUAGUGAAUGAACACGAGCUCGUUCACUGUUGAGUAGUGAUGAAGAAACCGAGCGCUGCUUUUUUUAAAAAUAUUAACUAUUGUGAUCGAAACUUGAUUUUUAGUCUCCUUAAAAGUGUAAUGAGGGCAUUUACAAACCACCUGCAAGUACAUUCAAAGUGUAAUGAAUACCAGAUAUAAAACAAACAAGUGCUUGUCAUCUGUAAAUAUAUUUUAUUCAGGACAGAGCUACUGAGAUCCAUGUGACACCGUUAUAAAGAUGGAGUUUCUGAAAGUGGAGCUUGAAGACGCGUUCACGGUCGAGCCAGAAGAUACUGAGACCCAGCUGAAGAUGGUGUUCAUUAAAGAGGAGAGUACAGACGUGAAGAUCGAAGAAGCGUUCAUCAAGCAGGAGGAAGCCGAGGAACAAAUCAAGACCGCGUUCAUCAAAGAGGAGCGUGAAGAAACUUUCAGAGUCAAACUUGAAGAUGCUGAAGAACCAACAGACUCAACAGUGCUGAAAGAGGAGCAGGAAGAAACUGAAGAGAAAUAUCAGUAUGAGAACCCUCAUGAUUUCCUAGAAAAAUCAUUUAGUAGUUUACAGUCUGAAAAGAGUUCCACACAAAAAAGGGAUGGGAUUCGUUUCCCCUGCUUUCAGUGUGGAAAGAGUUUUAGUCGUAAGGCAACCCUCAAAAGCCACAUGAAAACUCACCCUGAAGAGAAUAUGUUCACCUGCACACACUGUGGAAAAAGUUUCGGCACAAAAUUGAAACUGAAAUACCACACGAAAGUUCACAACGGAAACAAACCCUUCACGUGCAAACAGUGUGGAAGGAGCUUCACUCAGAAAGGAAGCCUUAAGAAGCACAUGGCCAUUCACACUGGAAAGAGGCCUUACAGCGUGCCCUCAGUGUGGAAAGAGCUUCAGUCAAAGGGAGGCCUCAAGAAGCACAUCUCAACUCACACAGGAGAAGCCGUUCACAUGCCCUCGGUGCGGAAAGAGUUUCAGCCAAAAGGGAGGCCUUAA